CGGCGCCUCCCGGCGCCGCUCACAUCAGGCGCUGAGCGGACACCCCGGGCCGCCAGGAGGGGAACAUGAGACACUACCGGCUGUUAUCGUUUCUCCUUUGUGCCUGGAGCUGGGUUAGAGAGACUUCCCAAGACCAGCGUGUGGUGGAGCUGGCUGGUGGGACGUUCCGCAUGGGCACGGAUGCUUCCGACGCCCGGGACGGAGAGGCACCUGCUCGAGGAGUGACCGUGAAGCCAUUUGCCAUUGAUGUGCAUCCCGUCACUAACGCUGAGUUCAGAGAGUUUGUCAGAUCCCAGAAAUACAAGACUGAGGCAGAAUCCUUCGGCUGGAGUUUUGUUUUUGAAGACUUUGUCUCGGCGGAACUGAGAAUGAAAGUGACACAGAAAAUCGAGUCUGCUCCCUGGUGGCUGCCCGUGGAGAAGACGUUCUGGCGACAGCCAGCAGGUCCCGGCUCGGGGAUUAAGGAGCGUCUGGACUGGCCGGUGGUGCAGGUGAGCUGGGCAGAUGCGCUAGCCUGUUGUGCCUGGCUGGGGAAGCGACUACCCACGGAGCCUGAGUGGGAGUUUGCUGCUCGAGGAGGCCUGGACGGCAGGACGUACCCCUGGGGCAACAAGUUCCAGCCAAAUCGUACAAAUCUCUGGCAGGGAAAAUUCCCAGAACGGGACACGGCAACUGAUGGGCAUCACGGAGUUUCCCCUGUACGGGCCUUCCCACCUCAGAACAGUUACGGUAUGUACGACAUGCUGGGAAACGUAUGGGAGUGGACGAGCACUGAAUACCUGGCUCCGGGCUCCCCCGCGAGAGCCAAUGGCCCGAGUCUGCGAGUCCUGCGCGGAGCGUCCUGGCUGGACACGGCCGAUGGGUCUGCUAAUCACAGAGCCCGUGUCACCAGCAGAAUGGGGAACACCCCAGACUCGGCUUCAGAUAACCUGGGCUUUCGCUGUGCCACGAGCAAGGUGUCCGCUCAGCAAAAACACCCAGUGGGAAAGAGAGCAGAACUGUGAGCCAUCCAGAGGGAGGAGUGAGGAUCUGGAUGUGACUGCACAGGGAGGAACUUCUCCUACGGAGAGAUUUAAACCUUUUAAUUUUGUAAUUUUACAGACAGAAAUGAAAUAAAACUGAAAAGUCA